GGGCCUUGGCUGCUGCUGCUGCUGCUGCUGCUGUUGUUCCUCUGGCUCUUCCGCCUCCCGCCGCCGCCGCUGCUCACCUCUUUCGGUGUCCAUUCGGAGAGGAGAAGAAGGAAGAUGGCGGACCUGGAGGAGCAGCUCUCGGACGAGGAGAAGGUGCGCAUAGCAGCAAAAUUCAUCAUUCAUGCUCCUCCAGGGGAAUUCAAUGAGGUCUUUAAUGAUGUUCGAUUGCUGCUUAAUAAUGAUAAUCUUCUCAGGGAGGGAGCAGCUCAUGCAUUUGCACAGUACAACUUGGACCAGUUUACCCCAGUCAAAUUGGAAGGCUAUGAUGAACAGGUCUUAAUAACAGAACACGGUGACUUGGGUAAUGGAAAAUUUUUGGACCCCAAAAACAAGAUCUCCUUUAAAUUUGAUCAUUUAAGAAAGGAGGCUACUGAUCCAAAGCCCCAUGAAGUUGAAAAUGCAAUUGAGUCAUGGAGGAAUUCCAUAGAAACUGCAGUGAGAGCAUAUGUGAAAGAACACUACCCAAAUGGUGUCUGCACAGUAUAUGGAAAAACAAUUGAUGGACAUCAAACAAUUAUUGUAUGCAUAGAAAGCCACCAAUUUCAAGCAAAAAACUUUUGGAAUGGUCGUUGGCGAUCAGAAUGGAAGUUUACAAUCACUCCUUCAACCACUCAAGUGGCUGGUAUCUUGAAAAUUCAGGUUCAUUAUUAUGAAGAUGGAAAUGUUCAGCUAGUGAGUCAUAAAGAUAUACAGGAUUCUUUAACAAUUACUAAUGAAGCCCAAACAGCAAAAGAAUUUGUAAAGAUUGUAGAGGCUGCAGAAAAUGAAUACCAGACUGCUAUCAGUGAAAAUUAUCAAACAAUGUCGGACACUACUUUCAAGGCCUUACGCCGACAACUGCCAGUUACUCGCACAAAGAUUGACUGGAAUAAGAUCCUUAGCUACAAGAUUGGGAAAGAAAUGCAGAAUGCCUAAAAUGAAGAUUGCAAGUCUGGAUCGUUUUGGUGUCCUUGUGUACAAAAUAAUCACAAAGGUAUUCAGAAUUGUUAUGUCACCCAAUCAGCAUGGGCAUUUGCCAUUGAAAAUCACUGUAAGUAGUUUGAACACAAGGCUUAGCUAAUUGACCAUUUUUCUUUGUCAUUUUGUUUCUCCUUUCAAAACUUAUGAAAUCAGUGUAGCUGGAAAUGUUGAGAGCUUCUGAUAUAUUUAGACUUUUUUAUAAUGAUGCCAUGCCUAUAGUUUUCAGUUAAAUCAAAACAGUUUGAAAAAUAUUUUUGCAUAAGAUUAUCCCACGUUGCUUGCUAUCAUGCAGAAAGACAUCUUCUAGAACACAGUUCCUUAGAAGAGGUUGUUACUGGAUAUCACAAGUUUGACAUUCAACAUGGAUUUUAGCCAUGUGUAUUGUUGUAGAAAUAAUCUAUCCCUCCACCAUAUGAAAGCCUGGAGAAAACAUUUCUUUAUCCACUCUCCAGUUUAUUUAGCUAGCUUGGUGUUAACUUUUUUUAAAGGCCAACGUCUAAUGCUGUUUUUAAGGUGUUGAAAUUAAACAUUUGUGCUUAUUUUGGAAAUGCAUUUAGUGCUCUUUUCCUGACAGCUACUCAGAUGAGUUUGGAUUCCAUCAGUCCUCAAGUUAUUUUUACCAUACAGCCAUAACUGUACUAUAACAAGGCAUAUUGUAAUACAUAUAUAUAUAUAUAAUCCUGUACUCAUUACUGUGUCUGUCAGUUUAUUUUUUUCUUGGAUUGAAAUGUACUAAAAAUUCAAUGUGACAUUAAAAUGCAAAUUUUCUAUUUA